AUGCACGCCGUCCGGACUCUGGUCACCGUAUCCUUUGCCGCUGCCAUGGCGGUCGGUAGCGUCGACUCGGAUACUGACCAUGGAGCGCAAAACUCAACGUCGAAUUUGCUCACCCGCGACGUGACCAUCAUCGGCGGCGGCGUGACCGGUAGCUACGCGGCGACCUGGCUGCACGAUAAAGGGUACAGCUUCGUGGUGGUUGAGAAGCAAAGCAACCUGGGUGGUCAUACCCAGACCUAUAUCGACCCGGUCAGCGGGGUCGCCAUCGAGUACGGCAAUGUUUUUUUCCAGGACACCCCGAGGAUGCGUGACUAUAUGCGGCGGUAUAACGUCAGUUUCUCCCGGAUACCUCCCAUCAACGACCCCAACCACGCCAUUAGAUAUUACGACUUUAAAAGCGGCCAGGAGGUUAAUUUCGAACCGCCUCCGGGCCAGGCCGUGCAGGAUAGCCUGGACCGCUGGGCGGAAAUGGUUGAAACCAACUUCUCGUACCUAGACAGGGGCUACUACCUCCCGGACCAGGUGCCGGACGACCUCAUGAUCUCCUUUGUCGAUUUUGUCAACAUGCACAGCCUAGGCGACAUGCUCAACAUCGCCUUCCAGAUCGGCCAGGGGUACGGGGACUUCUUACGGGUUCCAACCCUGUACGCCGCCAAGAUACUCAGUCCAGCACUGGUCCGCCAGAGCAAGCAAAGGUCGAUGCUCAUCACUCCCAACAACGGGUUGCUGUACCGGCGCUCGGAAGCCGAGUUCUCCAAGCGCGAUAGUCUUCUUCUGUCAAGCACUAUAUCAAAAUUCAACCGCUCCGUCGAUCAAGAGGGCUACAUGAGUUUGUGGGUGGAGACCACAGGAGGCGGCAACACGACCGCCAAAAGGGUGACCAAGAUCCGCACGCGCAAGCUGCUCUUGACCAUCCCGCCCCCUUCGGCGCUCGAGCCCGGAUUCGGACCGUCCGAGGAGGAGAAGCGGCUCUUUUCGCGCUUCUCGUGCAACCACUACUGGGCCGGAGUGGUGCGCGGCGCGAAGCUCCCCUCGCUCGAGCUGCAGAACUGCGACCGUUCCAAUCAGGGCUCCGUCCCCAGCAUGCCGGGAAUCUACGUCUUUGAGUCCACGCCCUCGCCGGACCUGCACACCUUCUGGUACGGGGCCCAGGCCGGAGCGAGAAACCAGACCCCCGCGGGCAUCAGGACCGAGGUUCUGGGGGCCAUCCAGCGGUUGAGGAGGGCCACGGGUGAUGUAUCUGCCGAUGAGAGCCGAGUUCAGCUCGCGGCCGUGGGGGACUACAGCCCGUUUGCGUGCAUGGUCGAUGGUACUUCUAUCAAGGAGGGCUUCUACAAGCAGCUGUACCGGCUUCAGGGUGUGGGGAAUGUCUGGUGGACCGGCGCCGCUUGGCACACGCAUGACGCGAGUCUUUUGCUGGAGUUCACGAGCGACGUGCUUGCAAACAUGACAGGGGGGGGAAAGUGUCAAGGUCACUGGCCUUGUGCGUGA